UCAGCUAUUUGUGAAUGCCCUAAGUUGCAAUGGCUGAAGAGACUUUGGCACCCCUGCUUACCUAUACAACAAUUGAGAAUAGGUACAAAUAUAGCCUUGAAUUCCCGUUUCCAUAUGCCAUUCUAUUAUUUAUCUUUGACGACAGAGUUAAUAUUACUUAAUGAUAGUUUAAGAAAGAUAGUUCUCAGCUUUGCUAUAAGUCUCUUUCGAGUACGUAUCAUAUUCAUCGCCGAUUAAUCUUGGAGGCCAAGAUGGAUGAUUCAUCGAGUCUCUUUAAGCCCCUUAAGCUUGGGCGAUGCGUACUGGAGCACAAACUGGUUCUUUCCCCCAUGACACGGUUUCGUGCCGAUGAUUCCGCUGUGCCCUUACCGUUUGUCAAAGAGUACUAUACGCAACGUGCGUCUAUUCCAGGUACUUUGUUGAUUACGGAGGCGACGGCCAUCUCCCCUCAGGCCAAGGGGUUUUCUAAUGUUCCCGGAAUCUGGAAAGCUGAACAAAUUCACGCAUGGAAAGAGAUUGUUGACGCAGUUCACUCCAAAGGGUCCUACAUCUGGCUCCAAUUGUGGGCCACAGGACGCAGUUCUGAAGCUGAAGUAUUAGCUGCCAAUGGAUUCGACCUCACUUCCAGCAGCGCAGUUCCAGUUGGUCCGGAUGAACCCACUCCACGGGAAUUGACGGCGUCAGAGAUCGAGACCUACAUCAACGAGCACGUACAGGCCGCCAAGAAUUCCAUUAUUGCGGGAUUUGACGGCGUCGAGAUCCAUGGAGCAAAUGGAUUUCUGAUUGACCAAUUUUUCCAAGCGUCAUGCAAUCAACGAAACGACGAGUGGGGUGGGAGUAUCCAAAAACGGUCUCAAUUUGGACUGGAGAUAACGCGCAGAAUUGUGGAUGCCAUCGGUGCUGAUCGCGUCGGCAUGAAGCUCUCUCCCUGGAGUACGUUCCAGGGAAUGGGUACCAUGAGCGACCUGACAGCUCAGUUUGAACAUGUGAUCAGCUAUCUGCGUGAGAUGGACAUUGCAUAUCUGCAUCUGGCCAAUUCAAGAUGGGUGGAAGACGUAACGCACCCGGACGCCGACAAUGAGACGUUCGUGCAUAUGUGGGGAAAGUCGAAGCCGGUCCUCCUGGCAGGGGGUUAUGAUGCAAUCUCAGCUAAACGCGUCGUUGACGAGACGUAUGCAGGGUACGAUAAUGUGGCUGUUGUACUUGGUCGGUUGUUUAUUUCGAACCCUGAUCUUCCCUUUCGCAUGAAGCAUGGAGUACCACUGCAACAGUAUGAUCGUGAUACAUUUUACAUACCGUUUUCGGACAAGGGUUACUUGGACUAUCCAUUUUGCGAGGAUUUCUUAGCCUCGAAGCCUCUUCAGCUGUCAACUUAGUUGAGUUGCAUCGGGA